AUGUCUACCACCGGCGGCGCGGCGCCUCAAACUAACGGCGUCCCCUCCUCUGCCGCCUCGACCUCCCAAACCCUCACCAACAACACACAAACACAACAACCACCCUCACAGUCCCAGCCGGGCCAAACCCAACCAUCAGCAACCACACCCUCGCAAACCCAACCGCCGAACCCCCAACAACCACAACCACCACAAAACCCCCCUCCCCAACCCCAACAACAACCAACCACCCACCCCAACCCCACCCCCUCCUCCAGCACCGCCCCGCGCCCCCGCGACGCCCGCACCAUCGAGCUCCUGCUCACGGCGCAGGGCGUGACAGCCUUCGAGCAGCGCGUGCCGCUCCUCUUGCUCGAUUUCGCGUACCGGCACACGUCGGCGGUGCUCUCGGACGCGCUGCACCUCGCGGCCGACCCCUACACCUCGCACGCCGGGGCGCGGCCCUCGGACGGCGUCCGGCGCCGCGCCGGUUAA